AUGAUCAGAAAAACCACCAGGUCGAAGAGCUUCAUCUGCCACCAACGCUCAUCCAUAUGGCGAAAAUGCACAAAUCUAAGAACCCUAAAGCAAAUCCAUGCUCGUAUGAUCAUCAAUGGCUUCAAUUCCAAUCGUUUUGCUCUACGGGAACUCAUAUAUGCUUCAGCAUAUGCAAUUCAUUCCACUAUAUAUUAUGCUCACCAAGUGUUCGCUCAAAUUUCCCAACCGGACCUCUUCAUGUGGAACACCAUGCUCAGAGGAUCAGCUCAAUGCCGUAAGCCUGAACUCGCUAUUUCUUUCUACGCCCAGAUGGAGCGUGGUUACAUUCGACCUGAUCAAUACACGUUUCCUUUUGUGCUCAAGGCGUGUACAAGGCUUUCUUGGGUUAACAUGGGUAGCGUGAUUCAUAGCAAGAUUUUGAAACAUGGUUUUGAGUGGAAUAAGUUCGCGAGGAAUACCCUUAUCUAUUUUCAUGCAAAUUGUGGGGAUAUAAGGGCAGCCAGCACACUUUUUGAUGGCUCUGCACGGGAAGAUGUGGUUGCUUGGUCUUCUUUGAUUGCUGGAUAUGCAAGGAGAGGGGAAUUGCAUAUGGCGAGAUGGUUAUUCGAUGAGAUGCCAGAGAAGGAUUUGGUUUCUUGGAAUGUGAUGAUCACAGGUAAAUGCAAUAGCUUGAUGAAUGAUUUCACUCUUACUGAAUAG